AUGCAGCUCUUGGUGAGGGUGCCCUCUCUUCCAGAGCGGGGCGACCUGGACUGCAACAUCUGCUACCGUCCUUUCAACCUCGGGGGCCGCGCGCCCCGCCGCCUGCCCGGGACGGCGCGCGCCCGCUGCGGCCACACGCUCUGCACCGCCUGCCUCCGCGAGUUGGCAGCUCGCGGCGACGGCGGCGGGGCGGCCGCGCGCGUGGUGCGCCUGCGCCGCGUGGUCACGUGCCCCUUCUGCCGCGCGCCCUCGCCGCUCCCGCGCGGCGGCGUCACAGAGAUCGCUCUUGACUCGGACUUGUGGUCGCGAUUGGAGGAAAAAGCGCGGGCCAAGUGCGAACGAGAUGAAGCGGGGAACCCGGCCAAAGAAAGCAGCGACGCUGACGGAGAGGCCGAGGAGGAAGGGGAGAGCGAGAAGGAGGCGGGGCCUAGGAGCGCUGGGUGGCGCGCGCUCCGGCGGCUCUGGGACAGGGUCCUGGCGCCCGCGCGGCGCUGGCGGCGUCCGCUGCCUAGCAACGUGCUCUACUGUCCGGAGAUCAAGGACAUUGCCCACCUGACCCGCUGCACGUUGUAACCGAGGAACUCGGAAGCCACAGCCGAAGGAAGGUGGGAGCUGCAGCCUCGCGGGGGCUGAUAUCAAGACUGCUCUGUCUCAGAUCCCAGGAUUGACAUGUGAUAAGAGAGAUGAGCCGAGGGCAGGAGGGAACGCCCUGGGAGGUGUUGAUGAUGAGUUGGGGAGGCUCCUAGACGAACUCGCCCCCAUCUACUGACUGUGCCAGUCUUACAUUUUCAGGAUGGAGUGGCCAAGGGAUGAUAUAAACAAAGCCUACGUUACUGUGGGAAGAAGACAGACUGUUUUCUUAGCUGGGACUUUGGCUUUUGUCCAGGGUGGCUCUGGUGUGUGGGAGCAACAGGUCCCGUUUUAGCAAUUCUUUGUCAAUGGUUUGAAUUUUUUUUUUUUUUUUAAGAUGGAAUGGGAGAGAAGAGGCUAAUUUUCGCGUCAUGUUAAUCUCACUUCUCUGGCAUGUAAGGGUGCUGAUAUGCCUGCUGUCUCCCCACUCCCAGUUCUGUGUUCCAAAAAUUGAGAUGGCUCCCUGCCUAUGACUAUGAUUAGGAGCCUUGCUUCAUUUCAGAAUCUACCUUCAGCCUGCUAGGGCAGGUAUCAGAAAUUCCAAAGGGCAUUUAUGUGAGGCACCUAAUUAGAGCCUAUCAAAGUAGGAAAGGAGAGCCAUUUGAAAGGCAUCAUAUUUCAAACUUUUGCUAUUAUCUGUGUUAUCUUUACAGUCACAGGGAACACUGGCGCUACUGAAAAGAUACUUCUACAAUUUUAAGUGUCUUUAAAAUUUGUGUCCCAUAAUGGGACAUCACCUAUUGUAUAUAUGCCAUGUAUUCUAUUUUAGAAUCCUGUAAGUAUCUUAUGACCAUAUAGUCAUAGUCAAGGACCA